AUGGGUCAGAAUUGUGUGCGCCCCUCCUCUCGAGAUUAUCGGGUCUCAUCAAAAGAGAGCAGCAGCAACUGCUGGCUGCCAGCCCACAACAACAAGAACAGCAACAACAACAACAACAGCAGCAGCAGCAGCAUUUCAGCUGCAUUAUCGCUGCAGCAGCAGCAGCAGCAGCAGCUCCUCCUUAGGGAGACCCUAGCAGGCAGCAGCAGGAAGUGGAGUGUAGCUUCGCCUUCACUUGUUUAUUGUAUUAUUAAUAAUAAAGCAGACAGACAUGCUGCAAUACUCUUCGACUGCAGGAGCCCAUGGGGGCCCCCAAACACUCAUAGGGGCCCCCAACAGGGGGCCCCCCAACAGGGGGCCCCCCAACAGGGGGCCCUUCAACAGGGGGCCCCCCAAAAGGGGGGCCCCCAAGGAGGGGACCCCCAACAGGGGGCCCUUAAGAAGGGCCUCCACAGGGGCCCCCUUAAGAGGCUCCACAGGGGCCCCCAAGGGGGGGGCCCCCAGGAGGGGGGCCCCCAGGAGGGGGGCCCCCAAGGGGGGGGGCCCCCUUUGGGUAAGCUGCAUUAUGCAGUUUGUCCGUGGAGGUGUUUAGGGGAUGUGGAGAUAGCUUUGAAAGAUUUUGAUGCUGCGCCUCCUUUGCUGCUGCUCAAACGCUCAGAACGGCCUGCGGUGUCUCGUUCUGCUGCAGCAAAUCCAGCAGCACGUAGCAGCGGCUUUGUUUGGCCUCGCAUGCGCAUGCAAACCCUCAAGCGCCUCAAGUCCUCCGUUGUGCAGCAGCAGCAGCAGCAGCAGCAAGAGCAGCAAGAGAAGCAAGAGAAGCAAGAGCAGCAAGAGCAGCAAGAGCAGCAGCAGCAGCAACAGCAGCAGCAGAAAGAGGACAGCGGCAGUAAGAAUCAUGAAGAAGCAGCACAAAUGCAGCAUAUGGAUACAGCAGCAUCAGUGGCUCAGCGUCGUCUGCAAGCUGAAAACUGUUGUGGCGGCCCUACAGAAAUCAUUGCACCCAACACCAAACUCAUGAAGGAUGUCCCUGCAAAGGAUUUCGCUCUGUUUAUUUCCGAUUGCCGCGUCGCCUUCGGAAACCCUCAGGCCCUCAAACACUUUAAUAUACAGCUGCCUUUCAUCGUCGACACCAAACACUUCCCGUAUAAACAAGCAGCGGCUCACGUUCUUGAGGCAUACCAACAAAACAAAUCUAUACUCUAUUAUAAAGUUCAACGUUCAGCGUCUAGGGGUCAGUAUUCAGUGUUUAGGGAUUAG